AGAGGAGAGACUGAGGGAGGCAGACGCGCAGUGCAGCCUGGUUCCCUUAACGACAAAUUCAUGCCCAUCGCCGUUUACUCAGCAGCCCGUUUAUGUCACACUAGAUACGGAACCGUUGAUCGAUCCACAGAGAACGAGCGCAGUCGAACCCCACGCGGAACAACGCGCGCUGCGUGACCUUGCAUUGAAUGUUAUUUUAGACGGAUAUUUUGUACAGCGCCGACACGGUCAUCGGCCAGAAACAUGGAGAUUGUCACACAUUUAAUUAACGACACCAUAGAGUUCUACAAAUGGACCCUAACUAUUGCAGACAAGCGAGUGGAGAAAUGGCCUCUUAUGGACAACCCUCUGCCCACGCUGGCCAUCAGCACCUCCUACCUGCUAAUCCUCUGGCUGGGGCCCAAAUACAUGAAGAACAGGGAGCCCUUCCAGCUACGCAAAACCCUCAUCGUCUACAACUUUAGCAUGGUCUUUCUCAACUUCUUCAUCUUUAAAGAGCUGUUCAUGGCAGCACGGGCGGCAAGCUACAGCUACAUCUGUCAACCGGUGGACCACUCAGAUGACCCCAAUGAAGUCAGGGUGGCAGGAGCUCUGUGGUGGUAUUUCAUCUCUAAGGGCAUUGAGUAUCUGGACACGGUGUUUUUCAUCCUGAGGAAAAAAUUCAACCAGGUUACUUUCUUGCAUGUCUACCACCACUGCACCAUGUUCACUCUCUGGUGGAUCGGCAUCAAAUGGGUGGCAGGAGGACAGUCAUUCUUUGGGGCCCACAUGAACGCAGCUAUCCACGUGUUGAUGUAUCUUUACUACGGCCUGGCCUCCUGUGGACCUAAGAUCCAAAAGUACCUGUGGUGGAAGAAGUACUUGACAAUCAUUCAGAUGAUCCAGUUCCAUGUCACCAUCGGCCACACGGCCUUGUCCCUCUACGUCAACUGCGACUUCCCCCACUGGAUGCACUACUCCCUCAUCUGCUACGCCAUCACCUUCAUCGUCCUCUUCGGCAACUUCUACUACCAGACCUACCGCCGCCAGCAGCCCCGGCGCGACGCCUCCUCCUCCAAAGGGGGCAAGGCCCUCUCCAACGGGGCCCUCAACGGGCUCAGCAAGGCCGCCAACGGAGCAGUGGCGAUGGGGAGGAAAGAGGAGAAGGCCCAGGAGCACUCUGGGAGGAGAAAGAGGAAAGGAAGAGCCAAAAGAGAUUAGAGGAGGAGGAGCUACGGAGAGGAGGAGGUGAGGUAGGGCCUCGCUUUGGCUUCUGGGUUGAUAGUGCUAAAACAUGAAAGACUUCAUUUGAGCAAGAUUUAGAUAGACGGAUGCGUUAAGGUUGGUUGUGUUUAUUUAAGCCAGUAACUGAGUUGUUUUGGAUGAAAUAUGAGACACCUUUGUGUUGGGAGAGGACCACCCUGUUGGUAAGAGAUGUUAGAGGCCCAAGGUGUCCUAAAUACCCUAAAAUACAAUAGUGUAUGGUUGGGGAUAAAUGUUAGUAUUCCUUCUCUUUGUGGUGGUGCCACGUACUGUGGAUCUGGUUCAAAAAGUGACUCAGCCACGUAAAACUUGGUCUAGAAAGGAAACUUUCCAUUAAAUGCUCAAAAAGACUCUGCUGUAUCGAGAGGAAUACACAUCACAACACGCAAAACACAUCAACGUAUAUUUGAGCUCAUCAUUUUUGUUGUUUUUCACCUUUACAGAUAUAAAAAAAGUGAUGAUGUAUAGUAUCAUGGCAUUUUGACCCCAUCUUAUUUAAGUUUUUAUUGAUGUUACUUGUGAGAGACUUAAGUUUACAGUUCUCGUUUACUGAAAAAACACCUCGGCAGUCAUCCUUUUACUUGUGAACACAGACUUGUCUUUAUUCUUAUUUAUUUCAAGUUGUGGACUCAGCUGCUCCGUGUUUUUGAGCUGUCAUCCAUUACUGUGCACUUACAUCACAAUUAAAGAAAACAAAUCAAUAUCCAGAGGUGAGAUGUACAUUGAAAUAGAAAUGAUUGAUUUGUAACCCUUUGAGACUUGGAUGGAUUGUUCCAGCACUGCUUUAUGAUGGAAUUAUCAUCAACUGUAUCUCAUAGAAGGUUAUAAAUAGAUUUUUCUAUUUCUGUAUAUCCCUACUUGUAUGUAAUGCUAUGUGAUAUAAUGAAUAUUAUCCUGAAAUGAUGAAUCUGAUGAUUAUAUCAAUGUUCCCUGUUUUGACAGGAAAGCUGGCGGAGAUGUGUCUUUGCAGAUGUUUUACCUGUCUUUUUCUAUUAUCUCUCCCGUCGUUGUUUGUCUUAACAUGCUGGUGAAAAUGUGUUGCCGAAAGAAAAAAAAUGCUGGUGGAGAUUUCGGGAAGUAGCCGAGACAGUUUUUAUCAAGUUAACGGAGCCUUUCUUGAGUACCAUUUCUUCCCAUAUUCAAUCAAAUAUAUUUUUGUGUCUAUGUUUUAAAGCUUAAUCUCUGUCCUGAUCUGGCUUGAAUUGAAACUUAUCAGGGGAAAUUUUGAUUUAAAAGACUAACAAAUAUGGAUUAUUUUCAAAAGCUGGUGAAACUGAACACUGACUUUGUAUUUUGAAGAAUAACUUUGCUCAGCAUCUAGUACAUAGAGUAAAAGUGGUCUAUGAUCAUCGGCUAUGUGUCCGGCUUCAAGUCUUACAUUUUGAUGUUAUUUAGGGCUUUUUUUAAUUUUUGUGUAAAUACCAAUUUUCUUGCUACUGUGUGUGCUUGUCUGUGUAUUUGUGUUCUUUUUAUGUUGUACAUAUUACAUUGUGAUAUUUUGUACACUGUGCAUUUGGGAAUGUUCUCAGCUUUUUAGCUUGGACAUUUACACAUCUACACUGCUUGCAUGUUUUUUUAUUUAUUUUUUAAAGUAUCAUAACUUCAAUUCCUGUUCAAAUUCAAUUAAACUGAAUGCCUGUAUAAAUA